AUGAAAAUUGUAACUGGUUUUGGCAAGUGCUAUGAAAUGCUUGUCAAAGAAUUUAUUGUGAAAAUCUCCAAGGAGUGUGAUAACAAGAGGAGCAAAGAGUUUAGAAAAGUGUAUGUCAUUGGAAGAUGUGUGGAUUUUUCUCCUGAAAUAAUCAACAGGUUCUUGGGAAGAAAUGAAAAAGAACAAGAUAAAAUUGAAGUCUCUGACAAUUUCAUUUGUAGAGAGAUUAUUGCUAAGCAAGUGAAGGAAUGGCCAAGGAAAGGGAAAUUGUUUGCUAGUGCCUUGAGUGUAAAGUAUGUUGUUCUCCACAAAAAUGGAGCUGCAAAUUGGGUUUUAACCAAUCACACCUCCAACAUAGCUACUGGACUAGGUAAGUUUAUCUAUAUUGUUGGGACCAAGUCAAAAUUUGAUUUUGGAUUCUAUGUUUUUGAUCAAACUAUGAAGCAUGUUGCCUCUUAUGCUGUGAAAAUGCCAAUAGCUUUAUCAUCAUUUAUCUGCCGGGUUAUCCUGAGUCAACGCCAUAGUAUCUUAACCAACUAUAACAGUACAUGCAAAAGGGAUCAUCCUCUCUCAUUGCAUUUUAGGUUGUUCACUGGGAAACAUGUCCCAGACAUUGUCAUGACAUUUGGACAGACACCUUCCAUGCCUACUAACAGAACAUGCAUCCUAGCUGAGCUAAAAGAUACCUCCAAGACCUUGGAUGACACUAUAAAAAUUUGUACUGAAAGGAAAAGCAAGAUUGAAGUGUUGGUUAAGGCCCUAUCUGAAGAAUAA